GCAACCGCUGCCUCUACUCCCCACCGCUACAAAGACGGUAACUACAGUUGUUGUCCAGUUCCGUUUCGUAGAGUUGUAGUGGGGAAGCAUCAGUCGAACCCACGGUACCGCUUCCACGAGCAAUGUGGGUACCAGUUCCGGGUUCAACUGAGCCUUCCGUUCUGUUCUCUUCUCGCAGAGCGGCUAGUGGCAGGGGAAAGCGCGCUGUCUCGAAGCGACCUUCUUACUUUCGCUGCUGCCAUCGGCUGGUUCAGGCUGACUGAGGCCGCCACUGGUUCUACCCGCGGUGGCACUGGGGCAGUACAGCGCAACGCAGCGCAGCACCAUCACUGUGUUUUAUUGUACUGAAGGCAACGAAGACAGUACGGCAGCAGCAAGACAACCGAGGUCUUCUUCCAUCCCCUCAGUCCCUCAUUCCCCCGUACCUCGGCCUCGCUCCUCCAAACGCCCCAGCAGCAUCAGCAGCCGCCACGCUAAGAGACGACAACGACGACGAUGAGAGUCGGCCGCGGCAGCGGGGUGAGGCAGGCGAUGAGCGCGCCACGCUAAGUGCCAGUGCUCCGAACUGAAAGCUGAGUGGGUUGCUUUACUGGGCGUCGGCAGAAACUCGAAGCAGGCUAACAGCAGUAAGCAAGAGAUAACAGAAAAUAGACAGGCAGAAGGCUAGGCAAACAACGAGCUAAGGCGAUUAUCGUCGGUUGAUAGUGACGGUGGUAUGGUGCUGUAGCCGUACGCCAGGCGGCGCAGAAAGAAAGUUUCGCGCGCGGGCACUCUAUGUAUUGCGGUAACAACAACGGUGAUAUUAGUCGCUUUUGCCGCUGCUGAUCAUCGCGGAUAAUCGAGUGAAUGUAAUACUAAAAGAGCGCAAAGGAAAAAGUGUUCGUUCGUUCCGUUCUAUGCGAAUCCGUUAACAGCAGCAGCAUUGAUUAGGUGCAGCGCUGUGUUGCUGGGUCUCGAGCUUAUCGAGCCGAUAUGUGUGUGCCUGUGUAAGCGUAUGCCUAUCGUACCAGUGAGAUAGAUGUCAGUAUCAGUGAGUAUGUGGUAUGAUCAUAUGUUGAGGCGCAGCUGUUUGCUAUUGGGCACGCUGAUCGUCGGUCGAGGAGUCGACAAAGUUGAAGCUUGAUUGAAGCGUAUGGUAGAUACGAAAACGCUGACAACAACGGUGGGCUCUGUUGAUACUCAAAGGGUCAGUGACAGUGAAAACUGCAAUAGAUGCCACGAAUGGCGUGGGUAAAACCGGAAUUGCUAACCCGUUCAUGACGUACGUCGAAUGUAGGCCGUUGACGUGUGCCCCUCACUGCUAAACUGCCGACUACCCAUCGAACGUUAGCACGUUUAUAUACGAAGCAACGCACGGUUCGAGUACUACAAGUGCCAUUUUUACAGCUCGUGACGCCACUGGAGUUUCACCUCACUGCGUCAUUCACGUUCACAACGACGUGGAUAACUUGGAUCGCGUAUUACAAUCGCCAGCAAAAGUAUCUAUCGUGGUCUGAACAGAACUAGCUAGACAACUCUGGUGGCUGCAGCGAGCUUAACAAAAAGCCGAGUACACGCAGCUUCGGAAGUUAACUGACCCUCAUGUUAGAAGUGUUAUUAUACAUAGUAGUCAAAGUAUAAUGGAGCAUGACGCAAAAUGAUGCCACCAAUCAUGUCAAGCAUUGUCUCGAGUGGACGUCAUGGUCCGAAGCAAAUAACAGCAACCUGCCGAACUCAGGUUGUUCGUGCAGGUGACGCACAGGCGGCUUACCACUAUCUUCACUGCGUGCUAUGAAUCCUAAUCAAAUAACUAACAAUAACAAACCAACGUAAAAACGGACUCAACAAGGAGCGACGCUGUCCGUCCUUCGUGAUUCAGGGGGUUUGUGUGCGGACAAGCAAAAAAAAAAAGUCCGAAUAGAAGCGUUCGAGUCGUCCGAGAGUUUUCGCUGUAAGACCGUCGAGUCCGUCGCUGUCGACAUUAUCCAGGCAACAAACUCUGUCCAACUGGCUGAUUGGUUAAUCGUUGAACCAGCGGAAGUACCACGGAUCCACCCCAGUAUGCGGCACCGUUCGAUACCGUAAAGGAGUAGUGGAUGAAGCAAGUUUAGUACCACAAAAAAGGGAAAAAGCAUAGCAAUGCCAAAGGUCUAUGUGAGUGGAAUCGCGUAAAAGCGACGAACCGUUGUGCGAUAGUAGUGUAGCAUCGACGGCAACUGGGGCGUUCGAGGCGACAGCCGUUGCCCCCAACGGCCAAUAGCCACCGUCGCCAAAGACAGCAACGUUACCCGUGCAUUGAAGAACAUAAAGAGACAAAGUUGCGUAGGACGCUGGACUGUGAUACUGCCGUAGCGUAGAGACCAGUUGGAAUCUUCGACAGCUAAAGGAAACGGACUACGGCGGUGACAAGGGAAAUAGAACGUGGAGAAGCAGCACCUCGUCUUCGUCUGUCCCCCCCCCCCCACCUCAGAGGUGAAGGCGACAAAUAGCAGGACAUUCCGUAGAUUGAACGAGGAAGAAACGGGCUACGGAAGUGGUACCCCGAAUUGACAGUAAACGAACUGGAACAUUGAAGCAAAAACGUUAAAUAGUUUAGGAAACCCGUACAGCCAAGCAGAUGAGCUGAAGUAACAGGGGUCAUGCCAAAGGAGGCUAGCGCCACCAGUGGCAAGGAGGCCGACAAGGGCGCGGCAGCCGCCGUGGCGGGUGGCGGGAAAGAUGGGACAGCCGGUGCCAAGGGCAGUGCGCCCCCGGCCCCAGCUGGUGGGGGAGGUGCGGUUAAAGGGACACCGUCAAAAGACCUCGCAGGAACCGGAGGCAAAGACGCCUCCAAGAACAACAAAGACAAUAAAGACGACGGAAAAACAACGUCGCUCCUUAAGAUGCCCGAACAAAGCAAUGACUACCGAGUUGUCGUGCUGGGAGCUGGUGGCGUGGGAAAAAGUUCGCUUGUCCUACGCUUUGUACAAGGAACCUUCCGAGAGAGCUAUAUUCCGACUGUAGAAGACACCUACAGACAGGUGAUUUCAUGUAACAAGAACAUCUGCACACUGCAAGUCACAGAUACAACAGGGUCUCAUCAGUUCCCCGCCAUGCAGAGGUUGAACAUUUCCAAAGGGCACGCGUUUAUCCUCGUAUUUUCCGUCACCUCAAAACAAUCGCUCGAGGAGCUCAAACCCAUCUAUAACGUCAUUCGCGAAGUCAAAAGUGGUGAGACGGAACAAAUACCGAUCAUGCUGGUCGGUAACAAAUCGGACGAGGAAUCCUGUCGUGAGGUGGAUGCUAGUAUUUGUGAGAGUCUCUCCAAACAGUGGCAAUGCGGUUACAUGGAAACGUCUGCAAAAAACAAUACCAAUGUUAAAGAACUAUUCCAGGCUCUCUUGGAAAUGGAAAAAAGACGCAACAUGUCCCUCCAACUCGACGGAAAAAAAACUCGUUCCCGUUUCGGCCGCGAUAAGCUCAAGGGAAAGUGUGGACUCAUGUAGACAAAAUCAGCGGCGAAAAUACCAAUGCAACAGUAAAUGACCGACCAUGCGAACGCUGAUGGCGACGACCCGCACCACAUCGUUGGGUCACAAUAGAUCGGUCCGCAGUCACAGUAAGUAGGCGAUACAGCGGCAACUAUCGGGACGUUGAACCAGACCAAUACUAUCAGCAUGGUGAUGAGCCAUUGUCAAAUCAGGGAAAUGAGGCCUCAAAUAAACGUGCGUGUCUGUGCGUGACCCUGUCUGAGUUUGGGGUAUACUCUGUACCUGACACCUAUAUGGCAGUCCGUUCUAUUAAAAUCAUGUUGCAACGUAUGACAACAUCAUGGAAAACGACAAGCUUGAACAUAAUUCGGCGGGGGCCUUUCAUGGUGUGGGGCCCGCGCCGCUUCCCAAUUCCCUAGCAAACCCCUGAGUCACCAUAGCAAAUCAGCUUUCUUCAUCUUCCGCUAUUAGCACUUGACAACUCUUAUUAGAACUUCAAUUACAAUGUACUCUACAGGAGGUCAACACCCAAUCACUUAUCUGCCAGCAGAGAGAUACCAAACGCGUUUACCAGCGAUCGGCUUACCACAACUAACGGCUAUGUAGUAAUACUACAACCAGAGUUUAACUAAGCAGAUUUCCUAUGGCCAUUCCCUAUCGUCGCUAUUGCCAUUGAGUGGAUGGCGUGGAGACGUACAACACACAGAACGAAUGCUAUUACUUGUUAGUACUACAAGAACAAAACAUCCGACCUACGUGUACCUUACUAGAGAAGGGACAAGUUAUAUGGCAUGGCUUACUUCUUACCAAUCAAAAACCUUUGUCUAAUGUGGGACGUCAACUGUAACAGAGAGCCAAGAAUCAAGCAACGUUUUUAACGAAGUAGACGUGUUGAUCAUUAUAGUAGAAUAACAACAUCGUUUAUACGACAUCGCUGAGGUCGUCGCUCAAUCGGAUAGAUCUUAGGCCAACUUCAACCACAAAUCGGUUUAGUGAAAAGCGAAAAAACGUUAGUCAUAAUACCGUACUUUUUUCGAGUCAGCCUAAACUCAGAAGCCUAUUUCUCCCCUUAGAGGAGAUAUGGAGGCGUUCACGACGACCACAAAAUAGUACGUCUUACCUCUCUACUUCCGCAUUAAUUUAUACUCGAUUUAACUGAUUCUACUCAAAUCAACAACACUUUCGCUAAUUGUACCCUACCCAUCCAAAUUCCUGUGACUUGCUACAUGUUUUGCCACUUGUGAGCGAUCAACGCAUCGGCACCCGAAGCCCGCCAAUAUCCCUGGCUUCUUAAUGAUAAUCCUAUCGGUCCAAAGUUUGAAAGGGUGGAUAGAUGAAAUUUGCUAAAGUUUGCUCCUAAGCCCUGUCGGCACCAAAUGCAUACUCCCAGCAGCCCUUCUCUACCGUGUCGACGUAGCGUAACGUGAAACCGCGUACAAGAAAAUAUCUAUAGUCUCUCUAUCGAGGUUGCUUGAAGCCGUCUUGGGGUCGUCAUAAUAUCACCCCCUAGAAUUUGUGUAACCCGUGAUGAGAUGAAACCCUGCCACUGACAAAACGUGGCUCUACGGAAAAAAAACGAAGAUGACGGAGACAACGUUCAAUGACCUUGCUAAUGAAAAUAAUGACACCAUGGAUCGGGGAAAUGAGUCUCGGCUGAACGGCGAGCAACAUCAAUACAAAGUAGGGUGAAAUUUAAGCGAAGUAGGUGAUACGAGAACACAAACAGAAGAUAAGGCAGAUAGGUAGGUGAAGUUAAUAAAGUUAUG